CCUGUUUGUGUGAUUAUUUGGGCCCCUCAAUUUCUGAUUGAAUUAGGGUUUGGCAUAGGCCACAUGGAAAUUAAGAAGCUUUGAUUAAUUAGGUGGAGAAAGUUUGAUUAUAUUGGGGUUUAUCAACCCCACAAAAGAGAGACUAAAGAGGAUAUAUCAGCAUGACAAAUUAUACUGCGGAUGAAGAAAAUGAGGAAAAUUAUAGUGAAUGUGAAGAAUAUGAUGGGCACGAAAAUUUCGGAGAGGGAAAUGUAGAAAAAUCAGAACUUGAGUGUUCUCAGGAAGAUCUGGAGAGACUGAGAGAGCAGAUAUUGAAGGAAGCAGAAGCCCUUUUGUCAAAGGCCUUGGGUGAGGGAAAAUCUGAGCUUGAUGCUUCUAGUGUUGUUAUUCGUGAAGAUAAUCAUAUGGCUUUGGAAGAUUCUGAAGGAGAUGACGAUGCAAAAUCUUGUUUUCCAUGCCCUUUCUGUUAUGUGGAUAUUGAAGUCCCAUUGCUCUGCAGCCACUUGGAGGAAGAACACUGCUUUAACUUUAAAAAUGCAGUUUGUCCUUUGUGCGCUGCGAAUCUGGGGAAAGAUGUAAUUGCACAUUUUACGGUACAUCAUGCAAGCUCCUUCAAGCACAGGAGAAAAUCUCAAAAAUCCGGUUUGUGGCCUGGUAGUUCAGCAAUGCUUGGGAAGGCACUGCUGAAAAAUGGAAGGUCAUAUGCACAGGAAUCUGCACCUGAUCCUCUCCUCUCACCAUUUAUCUGCAAUAUAUCUUUUCCAGACCCUACAGGUAUCCCCGAAGAUGUUUGUUCCGAUAUCGAUUCCCCCGUCACUUGCGGCCUAAAAAGCGGCGAGCCAUCUCCGCCAGAUGAAGCUUGUGAAAAGGAUAGAGAAGAGAGGAGGCAGAGGGCGACAUUCGUGCAAGAGUUGAUUGCAUCAACCAUAUUCUUGGAUAUAUGAACUCAUCAGAAUACAAAGCUUUCUGCAGGACGCCGAGGACUGAUCUUAGUCGCUAAGGACGGUGUAUCUUCCGGCACUCACAGCAUACACAGUGGAGCAUGGUUUUAGGAAAGAUAGUUCUAUGCUAGUCAAGUAAGAGAGUUGUCUUUGAGAUGGACAAUAUUUGUCUGCAGCAAGGCAAUGUGUGUACUGUAUCGUAUACAAUGUGUCGUUAAAUGUCUAUUUAUAUAUAACAGCUUGUUUUAAAGGCAGACUUUUUAUAAUUAGUGAUGAUUAGCAGAGUAUGGCAGGUUUA